AUGGACGAUACUUUGGGAUUUGAAGAAAGCAGCAAGAAGUCUUCUACGGAAUGGCAAUUAGGUGUCCAGAGCGAUAUAUCACUGGCUGCUAGUUCGAAUACGCAACCAAUCCACCAGGAUCUUUAUGUGAUACCACAGAAUGAGGAAAAGUCACUCAGGCCGACUAUUGACGCGUCUUGGAUAGAAAAGCUGUCGUUUUACCGUUGUUACACGUCAACUGUGAGCAAAAUUGAAUUACUGUGUAUGCAACAGAACAGUGUGAACAGAUUUUUCUGGUUUUAUAUAUUCAACGUGCUAUGCAAAAGCUUACCAAUGGCCUACGUCUAUAUUUUUCUGAGUACAUACGCUCCGGAUCAUCAUUUUUUUCUUCCGAAAAUGGUGCCAAUAUGCUAUGGGCUUAACGUAAUAUUUGUGAUUACUGGCAUUUUCGAAAUAUUCAUUUUACUAAAUAAUACGUCCCUCUACAUACUUUUCAUAGUAGCCGGUCUGAUGAACAAGAUGCCGUGGAACAGGCAAAAUUCAAAUAAUAUAUGGAAUGCUGAUUUUGACUUGUUAGCAGAAUCGAUGACAGCGCCCCCGAUAGCUCAUAUUGUAAGCGCUAGAAGCACGAAUGAGAUUAGGCCAAGUCGAAAUAGUGCUGUUAUAAUAACAUCAAAUGCCGCUUAUUAUUUAUUUCGAGCAACCUUGGCGGAAGUGAUCGUACUAUUCUGGGUAUAUCCAAUGGGUCGGUUGAUAGAUGAUAUCACAUUUCACUAUGGAAUGUUUCCAACAAAAUUAAGAGUUUGGAGUUUCAUGAUAGUACCAGUAUUUUAUUUAAUAAAGACAUAUGUUAUCAUAAGUAGAUUUAACAUUGUUCGAAAUGAAAAUGAUAAUUUCAGGUCACAACACAACACAAGAUCGACAUUCUUGUAUCAAUUGAUAUUGUUUUCUGUGUUUGCAAUAUACGCCUUUUACCAUAUCACUAUCAAACAAAAAAAGAGUUGGACUCAUUUAUUUAAACCAGCACCGGAAUGGGGCCCAAAAGAUUUCAAUAGUCGACAGCUUAGGAAACAAUUUGAUACUCGUGAGUACAUAGGUUCGCAAGCACCAAGACCUUUGAGCAGAUUCUUAAUAAGUAAAGCAGAAUUGAAAUCAUACAAACUGGAUAUUCCUUACGAGCCUGUCAUUCGUCGGACCGAGGUACAAAAUGAAAAUGAAAAAUUGUGA